AUGCGGUUCAACGACGGAUUCUGGCUUUUGAAGAGUGGCGUCAAGCCGUCUUUCGGCCUGCAGGUCGUACAGGGCUUGGAAGAUGGCAGCGGCUACAAGCUCCAGGUCUCCACCAAACCGAUCCGCCACCGCGGCGAUACCCUAGCCGGACCCGUGUUCAGCGUCCGCGUGCAUUCGCCCACAGAGGGCGUCGUCGGCGUGAAGAUCGAGCACUUCAAGCACAUCGACCCCACGCCCGACAUCGCGCUCUUCCCGGACGACCCGCCCGUCCCGGCCGUCGCGCUCUCGAAGACGGAGACGACGUGGACGGUCGCGAGCGGCGGGCUCUCGGCAGAAGUGACGCAGAACCCGUACACCAUCACCUUCCGGUCUCCCACGCGCACGCUCACUGCUGCCGGUUACAAGCACCAGGCGAUCUAUGACGUCCCGCACAAGUGGACGCUGCGGAGCGCGUCGAACAGCUCGUGCCUCGCGACGGACGUCAGCGCGAACCCGCGCCCGGACGCAGCGCCGGAGACAGUGCGCUACAUAAAUUCGGAGCUGAAUCUGUCGCCCGGGGAGCUCGUGUAUGGCCUGGGCGAGCAGUUUGGCGCGUUCGUGAAGAACGGCCAGUCCGUGAGCAUCUGGAACCAGGACGGAGGGACGUCGAGCGAACAGGCGUACAAGUGUGUCCCGUUCUACAUCACGAACCGCAACUACGGUGUGUUCGUGAACCACCCUGGGGAGGUGGAGUUCGAGGUGGGAAGCGAGAAGGUCAGCCGUGUGGGUGCGAGCGUUGCCGGUGAGAGCCUGGAGUACUUCAUCAUCUAUGGCCCGACCCCCCUUGAGAUCUUGGAGCGUUAUACGCGCCUCACUGGGCGACCUGCCUUGCUGCCCUCAUGGACGUUUGGCCUAUGGCUCUCCACCUCUUUCCUGACAUCCUAUGAUGAAAAGACGGUCUCCGGCUUCCUGCAAGGGAUGCAGACACGGAAUUGCCCCGUUCGGGUGUUCCACCUCGACUGCUUCUGGAUGAAGCAAUACGAAUGGUGCUCCUUCACGUUCGACCCCGACAAUUUCCCCGACCCGAAGGCCUAUCUAUCUGAAAUCAAGCAGAAAUACGGCGUCAAGAUCUGCGUAUGGAUCAAUCCCUACAUCUCCCAGCUUUCUCCUAUUUUCCAGGAAGCCGUGCGCGGAGGCUACCUGAUCAAACGGAAGGACGGAACCCCAUGGCAGUGGGAUCUGUGGCAGCCUGGCUUGGGCGUCGUCGACAUAACCAACCCGGAGGCGAGAACGUGGUAUGAGCAGAAAUUAGAGGCUCUUGUCGACCUAGGGGUAGACACGUUCAAGACUGACUUCGGCGAGCGGAUCCCACACGCAAAUGUCGUGUUCCACGACGGAUCGGAUCCUAUGCGGGUGCACAAUGCGUAUUCAGUCAUCUACAACGAGAUGGUGUUCCGUCUGCUGGAGCGUCGUUUUGGCAAAGGCGAAGCGGUCGUGUUUGCGCGUUCAGCGGCUGCAGGAGGACAGAGGUUCCCAGUACACUGGGGUGGCGAUUGCGAAUCGACGUUCGAGGCUAUGGCUGAGACCCUGCGUGGAGGCCUUAGCUUGACCUCUUCAGGUUUCGCCUUCGCUUCUCAUGACAUUGGCGGAUUUGAGGGACAUCCGCCCCCAGAGAUCUACCAUCGCUGGGUCGCAUACGGGCUAUUCUCAUCACACUCCCGUCUGCACGGCUCCAUGUCCUAUAGGGUGCCUUGGCAGUACGGCGAGGCCGCCGCGACCUACAUGGCUAAGUUCCUUGACGCGAAGCACAGGCUGAUGCCCUACCUGUACAACCUGUCGCUGGCCGGCCGCGCCAAAGGUCACCCAAUGCAACGCGCGAUGUUCAUCGAAUUCCUGGACGACCGCACGACCCACAGCCUCGACCGCCAAUAUAUGCUCGGCCCGAACCUGCUCGUUGCGCCCGUCUUCGUGCCCGAGGGCGAGGAGUCCGAGUUCUACCUGCCCGCGGGCCGCUGGACGUCGUUCUUCCACCCUUCCCGCACGCUCACGGGCCCCGUCUGGGUGAAGGAGGUCGUGCCCAUCGACGAACUCCCCGUGUGGGUGCGACAGGGGAGCGUGUUGUGUCUCGGCCCGCACCAGGUCGGCCGACCGGACUACGAGUUCGCGAAGGACGUGGAGGUACAUGUGUACGAGCUGGAUGAGGGUGCGGUUGUGCAGACGGAGGUGCCCAGUGGAAAGCUUGCGGCUAUUGCUGGCGUCGUGAAAGCGGAGGUGCGGGACGGAGAGGUGCGCGUGAGCGUGUUGGAGGGCGAGGUUGGCCUGCGUUCUGUGACCUAUUUCACGGGAGGGCAGCAGAAGACGGCGGCGGUUGGGCAGGGCCAGAAGGAGGUGUCACUCAAGUUGUGAGCGGGGACUAUCGUAUAAGCAAAAGGUCGUGUGUACGUUACGUUGCAAUGGACGGAUAUGAUCCCUCUUCGCCCUGCUUGUGAUUUGCGAGGUGUGCUGAAAAAAGUACGUGCAUUCUGCGUGAAGGUUGAGGUCGUUGUCAACCCUCAGUAUCCCCGCAACGGCUCGGCCCUAUCCCAAGUCUCACGUGCUCAACGAAAGCUUUGUGAUGCUGAG